CCCAACUCCAUUUAAAAAAGAUUGUUGGUGGGACGCGACACAAUUCCAAGGAAAUCGCUUAUCAAAACGCAGCUUAGACUUACCUAUCAGUAACUUAACUAUCACUAUGGACGACAGUACAAGUAGUGACGAUGCGCACCAAGAGCGUGUGCAUAGGAGACUUCUAUUAUAUACCCGCAGAAUUGAAAAUCUGCUGUAAUGGUGCGAUCGUGACGAGUAAUACACCAAUCGAAAGUUUCAAUUGAAAUUGAUGGACAUCCUAAAUACGCCUGUACAGCUUGUGUAUUCUGCUGGGAUACCGAAACAUGAAAAUAAAUUGUAAUCCAUUAAAAGAAUUGUGUUACUCUGUGUGAUAUUUGGAAAAGUUUAACAUCGUGUGCAUGCCCUUAAAAAUUUCUUGGGCUUAAAAAUAAUAAUUAUAUUAAUUCCAACAAUUUAAAAACAAAAAGUGACACUUCAAUUUUUGGAGAUAUGUCUCUUCAGAUCGAUGCUCGAGGGGCUAUAAUGCCGUUGGGUUAUGUUGUCAAUUCUUGGAAGAAACUUUUGCCACCAUAUGUCUGCAUAUUGAAUCACGAGAAAUUUCCGCAUACUUCAGAGCUGAGUCCACAAAGCAGCUCAAAGGAUGUCGAAACUCUGCGCAAAUCCUUUGGAAGGUUAGAAUGUGAGAUUGAGGAAGUUUUCAAUCCCACACUGGCGACGCUAAAGGAAACGAUCAGGAAAUUGGCUCUUAAAAGUUUCGACCACCUGUCUGCUUUGGUCAUUGUCAUCCUGACCCAAGACGACCAAAGCGAGAAGAUAGUUACGUGCGACAAUAAAGGGUACCUUCUGUACGAAGAUAUUUUAUUUCCGCUCGACCAAAAUGACACCCUAGCAAUAAAACCCAAAAUCCUGAUCAUCCAGGCUUGCAAAGGCGUUUGGGAGGCGGAUUCUAAGGGAAUUAAAAGGAAUCUCCCCUUCUGUACCAAGUGCUACAGCUCGUCCGAACGCAUCAAUAGCAAUCGUAUCCUGACAGAUGAAUCGAUUUUUAUUCGAACCCUGUGCAACAGGUUGGACCAGGACGGCCUUUCAAAGGACAUCCGAUCGAUUAUUGCUUAUGCAAAUGCGAACGUCGAGUGGCAUGCUAAAUUACUUGGAUGGAAGCAAGUUCCAUCGAUAACGUCGAUUCUUAAACUACCAUUCUGUUUUGGAGACUUCGUGCGGCUCGCAACUGAUACAAGUGCAAGGACAUCUCCUGUUGCCCAUUUUUCAAGCACGCCAACUACGAGUGCAAUACCAAGGAUACCUCCAGUUAGUAUAGAGCCAGGGUCUACGAUUACAAUUCCUCAGCGGAAACUCCAACCCCCAUUGGUAUACAUAUUAAAUCAUGAAAUAUUCAUAAAUACAAGUAAAAACCGAUCCGGAAGUUCGAUAGAUGUCGAAGCUCUGCGAAGUACUUUCGAAAGCUUGAACUGCGAGGUGCACGAGGUUCAAAAUCCCACAUUAGCUGUGGUGCAAAACACCUUUCAAAAAUUGGAAACGGAGAAUCUGGAACUCCGAUCUGCGUUGGUCAUCGCCAUUCUGAGCCAUGGCGAUUGCAAUGAGUUGAUCGAGGCGUGCGACGAUACGGCCUACUACUUGAACAAGGACGUUCUGUUUCCCCUUUUCAGAAACGAUACUCUUAGAGGCAAGCCCAAAAUACUGAUUGUGCAGGCCUGCAAGGGAUCUGUGCAGGCGGAUUCAAACCCAAUGAGGUGCAAUCCCGGGGACUACAUCAUCUGUUACGGAACCACCGAGGGAUUCCAAGCCUACCGACACACUUCCCUUGGGUCGCUCUUCAUUCAAACCCUAUGCCAACACAUGAAUAUAUUCGGAAAGGGCAAGGAUUUCCAGACAAUCAUACAGGGAGUGAACGAGACGGUCACUAAGGAAGCUCCCAAAAAAUUGAAAAAGCAAAUGAUACCAUCGUUUACUUCAUCGUUGGGAGAAAAAAAAUUUUAUUUUUGGCAAAACACCUAUGCAAAAAAAGUCUCCAUUGAUAGACAUUUAUCUGAAGAUAUUUCUACCUUAUCCCUAAGUUAAAACUGGACUGCAGUACAUUAGCUUUCGAAUGAAAAAAACACAAUUUCAUUAAUAAAGAAAUAAUGAUAAAAAAAUCCCACCAUAAGGUUUUGAAAAAAAAACUAAACAGUAAUAAUAAUUUUUUAUAUUUCCUUCAUAUUUUUUAAGAGUUCAAAUAAAAUCAUAUUUAUAUAUGAAGUAGGCUAUAAUGUCCAUAUCGGCACUGCUCUUGAUUUUGGUCACAAACAUAUAAUUUAAAUAAUCGGAAAACUCGGUUGUUAAUAAUUUAUUAGGUACUUUAUUGCUUAUUUUUAUUCCUUAUCUGCAGUUUGCUUAAUCAAUUUCGGUCAAUGAUAGUGUUAUUAGCAUUAGCACUUCAUGUUCCGCGACCGGAUGAAGAAAUGACUAACAAGCGGAAAAAGCUAAAAGACCGAUAAUUUCUUAUCUAA